GAUGGGAUGGAGGAACGAAAAAGGAAGUAAAUUUUUUAAAGAAAAAAAAUCAAACGAAUAUUUAUUUUUCAAAGCUAAAAGAACAUCAAUACAACUCAUCACAGAUAAGGAUAAAAGUAUAUUUUUUUGUCGGAAGUAAAAAUAUAUAAAUUUAGUUUUAUUUACGGUAAAUCUUUCGCCCUCGCUCUUUUACCCUCUCCUAUUCCUUACGCUGAGGACUCCCAACGGAAUUCGCUUGCAAAACUUUCCUUUCAAACUCGCAACUAGUUUGUGCUUGACGACAAUGCGGUCAAACCUCCGGAACUGAAUCGGCGACACCUGAAACAGACGACGGCGAACCACUGCAGGUGAAUAAAGUGCAGCCACCGGAAAACAUACACUUCGUAUUUUCAGGGAAUUCCGAAAUGCUAAUGCAAGAGAAAACGGCAUGCCGUUGCUUCGUUUUACUUGAGCUUUCACCAUGAACACUGCAAAUGCAUCAAUUCUCCGCCGUUCUCCAAAGCUUUCGACACGUUCUGAAAACAUGUAUUGCCCAGAGAGACCUCCGUACUGGAAUGUCCCUCCAUGCUCUCUAUAUCAAGUCCUUCGUCCCCGCGUCCACAUAUUUCUCCAACCACUUCAUUCUUCUUUACUCCAAAUGUCGCCGCCUCUCCGCUGCUCGUCGGGUCUUCGAUCAGACCCAGGAAUGCAAUAUCUUUUCCUUCAACGCCCUGAUUGCUGCAUAUGCGAAAGAAUCGUUUGUCGAAGUUGCACGCGAACUGUUUGAUAAAAUGUCCCAACCAGACCCUGUUUCGUAUAACACUUUAAUUGCUGCAUAUGCGCAACGUGGGGAUGUUGAGUCUGCUUUUCAGUUGUUUGUGGAGAUGAGAGAGGCCUUACUUGACAUGGAUGGGUUUACCCUUUCUGGUAUAAUUACUGCUUGUGGCGAUGAUGUUGCUUUGAUUAGGCAGUUGCACGCACUGAGUGUUGCGGCUGGGUUUGAUUGUUAUGCGUCUGUUGGUAAUGCACUCAUUACAUAUUACAGCAAAAAUGGGUUUUUGAAUGAGGCCCAACGGAUUUUUUAUGGCAUGGGUGAGGAUAAAGAUGAAGUCUCAUGGAAUUCGAUGGUUGUGGCAUAUAUGCAGCAUCGAGAGGGGUCUAAGGCUCUUGGAUUGUACAUGGAAAUGACUCUGAGGGGCUUGGUUGUUGACAUGUUUACUUUAGCAAGCGUCUUGACGGCAUUUACUAACGUGCAGGACUUAUCAGGCGGGCUUCAGUUUCAUGCAAAAUUGAUAAAGUCUGGUUACCAUCAGAAUUGUCAUGUGGGUAGUGGUUUGAUUGAUUUGUAUUCAAAAUGUGGUGGUUCUAUGCUGAGUUGUAGAAAAGUUUUUGAUGAAAUCUGCAAGCCAGAUUUGGUUCUUUGGAAUACAAUGAUUUCAGGAUACUCUCUGUUUGAGGAGUUUUCUGAUGAAGCUCUUGAAUGUUUCCGGAGGUUGCAAGGUGUUGGCCACCUCCCUGACGAUUGCAGCCUUGUUUGCGUAAUCAGUGCCUGUGCGAAUAUGUCAUCGCCCUCUCAAGGAAGACAAGUUCAUGCAUUAACUUUCAAAUUGGACAUCCCUUCUAAUAGAAUAUCAGUGAACAAUGCUCUGAUUGCAAUGUACUCAAAAUGUGGAAAUCUCAGGGAUGCAAGGAGGUUAUUCGAUACAAUGCCGGAGCAUAAUACAGUAUCUUUUAAUUCAAUAAUUGCAGGUUAUGCACAACAUGGAAUGGGGUUUCAGUCACUUAAUCUUUUUCAGAGGAUGCUGGACAUGGGCUUUACCCCAACAAACAUUACGUUUAUUUCUGUACUUGCUGCCUGUGCGCACACAGGAAGAGUUCAGGAUGGUAAGAUUUACUUCAAUAUGAUGAAGCAGAAGUUUGGCAUUGAACCAGAAGCGGAGCACUUCUCAUGCCUGAUAGAUCUUUUGGGUCGAGCAGGCAAGUUGAGCGAGGCAGAGAGGCUGAUAGAGACGAUCCCUUUUAACCCCGGUUCAAUUUUUUGGUCUGCAUUACUCGGAGCAUGUCGAACACAUGGGAACAUGGAACUAGCAGCCAAAGCAGCAAACCAUUUGCUUCAGCUGGAACCUUCAAAUGCUGCACCUUAUGUGAUGCUGGCAAAUAUCUAUGCUGACAAUGGGAGAUGGGAGGAUGUCGCUAGCGUGAGGAAACUAAUGCGAGACCGAGGCGUGAAGAAGAAACCCGGUUGUAGCUGGAUUGAAGUGGAUAGGAGAACACACAUUUUUGUGGCUGAAGAUACUUCUCACCCGAUGAUAAAGAAGAUUCAUGAAUACUUGGAGGAGAUGAUGAGAAAGAUAAAGAAAGCUGGAUAUGUUCCAGACGUGAGAUCGAUCUCAAUAGGGACGAAUGGAAUAAGGAAAAGAGAGGAAGAGUUAAGGUUGGGGCAUCAUAGUGAGAAGUUAGCUGUUGCAUUUGGUCUCAUGUGUACUAGAGAAGGUGAGCCAAUACUGGUAGUCAAGAAUCUUAGGAUAUGUGUGGAUUGCCACAAUGCAAUCAAGUUUAUAUCUGCAGUUGUGAAGAGGGAGAUUACUGUUAGAGAUACCCACAGAUUUCACUGCUUCAAGGACGGGCAAUGCUCUUGUGGAGAUUACUGGUGAAGUUUAAGGGCAUGGAUGCUGCUUCAGAUUAAUGUUUUCAACUUGAACAGAUUGAUAAAAAGACGCCAAGGUAUUUUCUUGUCUCUCUUAACUGCCUUAAUUUGUUUUUGGUUUCAUUUGACUAGCAUUUUAUUAUGGUAUAUAAAUUUAACUACAGUUGGAAAUACCAUUUACUUGUUGGGAGAAACUAUACAAAUUAUAAAAUAGUAUAUUCAUCCUUU